AUGAAGGAGCGAAGACCCAGGACGCUUGUGAGGACCUCUUCGGGACUAGCGCCGCUUGGAAUAUGGCCUACGCAGAUCCACAAGAGACCUGACAAGGAAAGAAGGAAGGCCAACCAUUCCCAUAGAAAGCUUUCAGUAAAUCUCUUUCUUCAAUUCGACCCUGACAGAUUAGCAUUCACCAGCCCAUUUUACUCCCGAAUUAAGGUCAUGUCCUUCGCCAUGCUCUCACUCUGUGGUCUUGCCCUCCUCCAGGUCAUCGCAGGCGUUCAAGGCAACCCUUUUCAGUGGGCUUUGGCGGCUCUUCAGGAGGAGAAGCCAACCUUCAGUAUCACCCAGCAGUCCUCGGAUAUUUGUGACGCGGGGUCGCGGCAAUGGACAGGAACGGUCAGCGUGACGGAGGAAAAGUCCAUGUUCUUCUGGUAUUUCGAGAGUCGUAACCAGCCAGAAGACGCGCCGGUUAUCCUAUGGAUGAGCGGCGGCCCUGGAGCAACUGGCGAGCUUGGCUUAUUCAAGGAUAUUGGGCCAUGUUCUGUCAACAAAGAUGGAAACUCUACUUCGCGCAACAAAUAUUCAUGGACAGACCACGCUAAUGUCCUAUUCAUUGAUCAGCCUAUUGGCGUGGGGUUCUCAAAAGUUAAGAGUCGCGAUAACAUGGCCAAGAAUAUCCACGAGGCAGCCCAGGAACACGAAAAGUUUCUAUCUGUCUUCGUAAGCGAAGUAUUCCCUGAGCUUGCCUCCAAGCCAUGGCAUUUCGCUGGGGAGUCCUUCGGUGGCCACUACGUCACCUAUUACCUCCAUCAUCUCCUCAACGAGAAACUCCACAAAUCUCCUCUCCUGAACGUCUCUUCGGCCAUCAUAGUUGAUGGCUAUAUCGAUGGAACUAGACAAAGUGCUGGCUACUACGAUUUCUUCUGCCAGGACUGGCGCGAGGAUGGGAGCGAACCUCUUAUGAGCACCAGAGAGUGUGAGGAGAUGGCUUCACAUGUGCCUGAAUGUGAGCGCCUGGGAGAGCUUUGCCGCCAGACCCUCGACGUAGAAGUUUGCCACUUAGCAGCCACUCGCUGCGAAUGGACGGUGGGUAAACACUUUCUCAAAAAUGUCAAGCCCGGGGGAUGGAACCCGUACGACAGCAGAAAGAAAUGCGUUGAACCACCUAUUUGUUCUGACUUGGACGGCGGAGCAACACUUCAGUUCCUCAACAGGCCAUGGGUUCAAGAACGGCUAGGAUUCUUUGAUGUUGCAUUUGAGCUCAUUGACUUUGAUUUGAACAGACAGUGGGACACUGAGGGAACUAUUUACCUUCCUACCACGAAACAACUAACGUGGCUACUCGACGAGACUGACAUCCACGUGCUAUUCAUUAACGGUAACAAUGAUAUUAUCAUUAGCACUCCGGGUCAGAUGCGGCUCCUCGAUGAACAGCCUUGGAGUCGACAGGCUUGGUAUCGGGCUCAGCGCUACAGCAACUGGUAUGUCGAAGAUGGAGAGCUCUCCUCCAGCCCCGAUAGCAAGAAAGCCAGGCAGGGUGGAACUUGGAAAGGCGACGAACGUCUCGCUCUUUUCACUGUAGAUGAAGCUGGACAUACUUGCCCCUUUGACCAGUCCGAGGCCGUAGGUGCAGUGGUAAGAAGUUGGAUCAGACUAGAUUCUUUCCAAGGGCAACCGCGCAGGACUGAUAGGAAGGUUUCUAAUGAGCUUUAG